GUAGGUAAGAGGAAAAGUGGUAACUGAAAGCUCAGAUAGAGGGAGCAGUAAGAAAGGUAUUUUACUGUUUCAAGAAAUGGAUGGCAAUACCUUAUUUUUCAACCAGUAAAACAGCCUGCAGAUAAAAUCAUUUUGGUUGGUGGAUAAAGGUGUGCUGUAAAUUGACACUGAACUUUAACUUGCCCUAUGAUCAACCAGCCAGAACCUGAAUAGUUCCUGCGGAAGAGCUGUUUCUCAAUUCCAGGAAGGCAGAGUAAAUGUUCAGUUUCCUGCUGACAGGGAAAGUCUAUUGAAUACACCAGGGGAAACUGGAUUCACCCUUUCUCCCAUGUUAACACUGAUUUUAAAGGUUUCCUUCAGCCUCUUCUAGAAUGCUUUAAACAGCAGUCGUAAAAGUCAGUCUGCAAGCUUUGAAAUAAGACUUGCAAGAGAAUAUUGUGCAGCAUGGAUUCUCUACCAGAAGAAUUUUUUGUGAGGGAUCUUCCUGUGGAGGAGCAGGCUAAGGAGGAAACCAAGAAUAAGGUAGAAAAAUCAACUGAUCAACUGGACAAACAGGAAAAGAACAUACCUACUGAUCUUGUCCCUGUUAACCUGCUAUUAGAAGUGAAGAAGUUAUUGAAUGCAAUUAAUACUCUACCAAAAGGUGUGGUUCCUCAUAUCAAGAAGUUCUUACAAGAAGAUUUUUCCUUCCAAACUAUGCAGAGAGAAGUUGCAGCCAACAGCCAAAAUGGGGAGGAAAUUGUUCCUGCUUUGACUUUACGUUUCUUAAUAACACAACUGGAAGCAGCACUUAGGAACAUUCAAGCUACUAAUUAUACUGCACAUCAGAUUAAUAUUGGUUAUUAUUUGACAUUACUAUUUUUGUAUGGAGUAGCAGUCACUGAAAGAGGAAAGAAAGAGGAUUGUAUAGAAGCUGAGAAUAAAUUUCUGGUGAUGAAGAUGGUGAUCCAAGAAAAUGAAAUUUGUGAAAACUUUAUGUCUUUAGUUUAUUUUGGACGUGGUUUACUUCGAUGUGCUCAGAAGAGAUAUAAUGCAGGACUGCUAGAAUUUCAUAAAAGCUUACAAGAAACAGGAGAUACAGAUGAUCAUUGGUUUGACAUAGAUCCUAUGGAAGAUGAAGAUUUACCUACAACUUUUAAAGACCUUCUUAACAAUUUCAUCAAGACAACUGAGGGUAAUAUAAUGAAGCAGACCAUUUGCAGUUAUCUAGAUUGUGAGCGAUCUUGUGAAGCUGACAUUUUAAAGAACACCAAUUAUAAGGGAUUUUUUCAGUUAAUGUGCAGUAAAAGCUGUUGUGUUUACUUCCAUAAAAUUUGUUGGAAAAAGUUCAAGAAUUUAAAAUAUCCAGGUGAAAAUGACCAGAGUUUUAGUGGGAAAAAAUGUUUGAAGGAAGGAUGUACAGGUGACAUGGUAAGGAUGCUGCAAUGUGAGGUACCUGGAAUUGUCAAAAUUUUGUUUGAAGUUGUGAGAAAGGAUGAAUAUAUAACCAUUGAAAAUUUAGGAGCAAGUUACAAAAAGUUGAUGUCUCUGAAAAUAGAUGAUACCGAUAUAAGACCGAAGAUCGGUUUAAAAUUUGGUACAAAAGAUGAAAUGCCUAUCUUCAAACUUGAUUAUAAUCAUUUCUAUCAUCUGCUUCAUAUAAUUAUUGUUUCUGGUACUGACAUUGUUCGGCAAAUAUUUGAUGAGGCUAUGCCACCCCCUCUUUUGAAAAAAGAGCUUCUUAUACACAAGAAUGUACUGGAACCCUACUACAACCAUCUUUGGACCAAUCACCCUUUGGGUGGAGCAUGGCAUCUGCUUUAUCCCCCAAACAAGGAGCUUCCACAGUCCAAACAGUUUGACUUAUACCUCCUGUUAGCUCUCAUAAAACAUUUGAAUGUGUUCCCUGCACCCAGAAAUGGCUGGAAUAUGGAACCACUAUCUUCUGAUCUCUCUAAGUCUGCAGACAUCCUGAGGCUGUGCAAAUACAGGGAUAUCCUCCUUAGUGAGAUUUUGAUGAAUGGUCUCACUGAGUCACAAUUCAAUUCAAUUUGGAAAAAAGUUUCAGAUAUUCUUCUGCGCCUUGGGAUGAAGCAAGAAGAUAUUGACAAAGUGAAGGAGAAUCCCAUUGAGAAUAUCUCCCUUGAUUACCAUCAGCUGUCCAUCUACCUAGGCAUACCAGUACCAGAAAUCAUUCAGAGGAUGUUAUCCUGCUAUCAACAAGGAAUUGCUCUACAGUCAAUAACGGGCAGUCAACGUAUUGAAAUAGAAGAGUUACAAAAUGAAGAAGAAGAACUAAAUCCACCUCUUAUGGAGUACAAUAUAAAUGUGAAAUCAAUCCCUGAAAUACAGUUAGCAGAAAUGAAUAAAGAUGGGGCAUCGAUACCCAGUGAAUCUUCAACAGAAUCUAUUAAAGAUCUCCAGGAAGUUAAGAGUAAACCAAAGAAAAAGAAAAAGACCAAGAAUAAAAAGAAUAAGGAAUCUAAAGAAGAGCAAGUCCCAAAUAUGAUAGGUAAGGAAGAGCAGUUGAAGAAAGAACAAGCAAAUCUGUACUCAAUCAGUGGAUUUAUGAAAGAUGAUGCAAGUGAUGUUCAAGAAGAUUCUGCAACUGAAGACAAGUUCUAUAGCCUGGAUGAACUUCAUAUUCUGGACAUGAUAGAGCAGGGCUCAACCAACAAGGUAACUACAGAAUAUGGAGAAACUGAGAAGCAAAAGCUUGCUCGACAACGACAGCUUUGUAAAUUGCACUAUCAGUGUGAAGAUUUCAAAAGACAAUUGAAAACAGUGACUUUUCGGUGGCAAGAAAACCAAACACAGAUUAAAAAGAAAGAUAAAAUCAUCUCAUCUCUUAACCAACAAGUGGCUUUUGGAAUCAAUAAGGUGUCCAAAUUACAGCGUCAGAGCCAUGCUAAAGAUAAUGAAAUCAAGAGCCUUAAAGAGCAACUUUCUAUGAAAAGAUCUCAGUGGGAAAUGGAGAAGCAUAAUCUGGAAAGCACAAUUAAAACAUACUUAAACAAACUGAAUGCAGAAACUAGCAGAGCUUUAACAGCUGAGGUAUAUUUCUUACAGUGUCGUAGAGAUUUUGGUUUGCUUCAUCUAGAGCAGACUGAAAAGGAAUGCCUCAGUCAGCUUGCCAGGGCGACUCACAUGGCAGCAAGCAACCUAAAAUCACUUCAGUUAAAGGCUGCAGUAGACAGUUGGAAUGCCAUUGUGACAGAUGUUAGAAACAAGAUUGCAUUCCUCAGGACACAGUACAAUGAACAAAUUAACAAGGUGAAGCAAGGGUUUGCCUUGAGUACCUUGCCUCCAAUCCAGCUUCCUCCACCACCACCCAGUCCUGAGAUACUGAUACAGCAGUUCUUGGGAAGACCCAUUGUGAAAGAAUCUUUCUUGAGACCCGUACUCACUGUUCCUCAAAUGCCUGCCGUUUGUUCUGGAGUCAUCUCUGCAACUGGUCAACCUAGACCCCCACUGAUGACUAGCAUAGCCUGGACGGUGCCAGCGCCUGUGGGAGAAGCUGUGCCUCCCAGUGCAGGUCUGGGAAGUGAUCCCCCCAUGAUGAAUUGGGAGAAGAUUACAGACAGGCUGAAAACUGCCUUUCCACAACAGACCAGAAAGGAGCUUACAGAUUUCUUACGGAAAUUGAAGGAUGCUCAUGGGAAGUCCUUAUCUAGACUGACAUUUGAUGAAAUUGUUCACAAGAUUUCCCAAUUUAUUGACCCCAAGAGAUCUCAGAGUCAAGGAAAAUCAGUGCCAAAUGGUAAUAGUGCUUCACCCAGCCAUACUCCUCCACCUCAGGCUAAUGCUGUCCAGCCCUCAAAACCAGCCCGGAGGCCUCUCGGUUCACAAGGUCCUGCCACGUGGGAAGGAGCCAAUAAUUUGGAUGAUGAGGAAGAGGAAGAGGAACCUUGUGUGAUCUGUCAUGAGAAUCUCUCUCCAGAAAACCUCUCAGUUUUGCCCUGUGCGCACAAAUUCCAUUCUCAGUGCAUUAGACCUUGGUUGAUGCAACAGGGGACAUGCCCAACCUGCAGACUCCAUGUUUUGCUACCAGAAGAAUUUCCUGGUCACCCCAGCCGGCACUUGCCCAAGAUCUGAUACCACGGGGUGACUAUGCAAGGGAAGUUCAGUUUUCAGACUGCAGCAUUUAGUUUUGCCUUUUAUUUGGGCUGAUGAUAGUGUGAGUGAUGUGAAGCAGUACGCUCUUCAGUAUUAUUAUGCAAAAUAAGCUAGCUAAACUCAUCAAAGCUGGAGCCAAAGAGGAGAGGACAAAUCUUCAGGACUGUGAACUGAAUUGAACAAGUUUAAAGAAGAUGAUAGAAUUUUAAAAGUUACAUUAUAUUUGCCCUUACCUUAGCAGGUAUUUUCUUCCGACAUAAAGAUGAUUACUGUUAGCAUGUAUACUAGGAUGUCUUUUUUUGUCCUUAUUCCACUCAUCCUUUACUUUCUCCCAAAUAUACUACACUUUAAUUUCCUGAAAUAAAUGUAAACAAGAGUAGGAAAAUUCCCCAGAUUUUAGUGUUCCUUUUAACUUUUAAAAUUGAUUAUAAAAAUAUAUAUUAUUUAUUUACAUUUUAUCUCUAUCUAUCUGCCCUAUUCUUUUCUAUUCUCUAAAAUACGUACCUAUGAAUAGAUUAUGAUCUACUUGAGGUUGGGGUCCAAACAGUGGUGUUUUGGAGCUGGCUUAUACUGGUUUAUGAGAGACAACUGUUAGUUUCAGGAAUUUUGUGAGCCAGUUAUUUGAAUUGUUGGUAGCUUGAAAUCUGCCAUAGUGGGAGUAUUUUACACCAUAGAAAUUGGUAAACACUGUAAGUAAGGGCUUAUUUUCCCCUCAAGAGCUGGUUAUUAAACAUUUACCAGUAUACCUCUGGGACCAUGUCUGAUGAUUCUUACUGUUCUCAAUGUCUUGCACAGUAGAUGCAGCAUAAAUAGUCCCCAGAAUUAGAAAUCAGGAAGCAGUAAGAAAAGUUACUGUGCAAAUUAAGUCAUUUGCUCAGCUGAAUAACUUUGGUCAUUUGUAAACAUGCUCUUUGGACCCUAAUCGUUUAUACUUAGGAGAGAUUUUUUUUCUGCCUUAAAAGUUUCUAAUUUCACUUUCUCAUGCUGGGGGGGUACUGUCUGUGUAUAGUUGCUUCUUAUGACAGAGCUGACACUCACUGAGCUAAAGCUGCACAUCUAAAGCUUGUCACUGAGAACUUUCAUUCUUAGAGGUCGAAAAUCUAUUUUGAAAUUAGUACUGUGUAAAUUCUAUAAGUGUUGUACAUGUCUCUAGCUACAAAAUUAAAAGAAUUCAGUGACCUUGUAAGAAAAAUGUUACGCGGUUCAUAUUAUUUUCCAUAAAUUAAUGAAAUUCAUACUGUGAAUAAGUGUUUCCUGACUCAACAACUAUUUUACCUGUAUAUUUCAGUGUACAUAUAUCUUGAAUUUACUUUAAAUCUCUAUUUAAAAUUAUUAUUUCUAUAAUUGUAUGCUAAAUGUUUUCUUCUCUAAUGAGAAUAGACUGGAAAAUGUGGAGGAAAAUACCCCAAAAUGAAAGCAGUCAUCUAGGCAUGUAAAGUGCCAAGAAUGUCUUAGAAUUGUACAAUUCAGAACUUAAAGGGCCUUUAAUAAUUAUCUUGUCUAACAAACACCUCAACGUCAUGGUCAUAUAGCAAAUUACCUUGUAAAACAAAUAUUUUUUAGUGUAUGUUUACAACUGUAAUUUCACUUUCAUGUGGGAAAGAAUAAAUGUUUCUUAAUUGAAUAACUAUUUUAUCUGUGUAUAUCACUUUAACUGUGUCCUAAAGCUACUUGAAAUCUCUAUUUCAAACAAACAUCUAUUUCUGUUUCAUUGUGCUUAAACUUUUUCUUCUGUUGUAAGAAAGGAUGGGAAAAUAUCCAAAAGGAAGGCAGUCAUCUAGACUUGUAAAAUACCAAGUAUGCCUUAGAAUCAUAGAAUGUCAGAGCUUAUAGGGUCCUUAACGAUCCUCUGAUCUAUUCCCUCAUUUUACAGGAACAUCUUGCCCUAGGUCAUGUGGCUAAAUAGUGGCUGAGCCAGUCCUAAUACUUGAGAGUCCUGAUACUCAGUAAGUCACAUGCUUCCUCCACAAAUUCAGGCUGCUAGGCUGUAUUGGUGCUGAACUGCUGUUCUUGGCUCCAAGGAGGGGGCCAGAAGACUUAACAGGAUAGCUGAUAUACAGUGAGAAUAUAGUAGGACCAUGCUCUUGAAAGUCAUAUCCAAUUCUGCAGAUGCUGAAGGUAAUGGGAUUUUUUUUCUUUUUGAAGUAUAAUUUAACAAUAAAGACAACUGUAGUGGCCAUUCUUCUAUAAACAGUGAUCACUGUCAUGCCUGUGGCUGCUGAAGGAUCCAGAACACCAUACUGCACAGAAAUUCAGUGAGGGAAGUAGCAAUAUUUUCAUCAAAAACAAUCUGUAAGCAUCCUGUAAUAUCACUGCAGCCGCCGUCAGAUAAUAUGUCUUGUAAUGUUUUCCUUCAUAUUUAUUGUCCAUGUGUAUAAUAAUAUUUUCCAGCUUUUAUGGGACACUUUCCUUGAUCAAAUGUUACUUUAUUUGAUCCACUAAUAACUUUAACGUGGAUACUCUCCUUUUUAUUUUACAGAUGAUGAAACUGAGGCUCAAAUAAGAGGGAAAUAGUUUGUCUGAGGUCAUAGCUAUGAAGUGGCAUUCUGG